AUGAAUGCCAAUGAUAGCGCUUUAGAGAUGUAUAGUAAAGCGAUGAAAAUUCAAGAAAAGCUAGUAUCAUCGUCAAAUGAUCCAGUAACCGCAGAUUUAUAUCAAAAGAUCAGUGGCGUUUAUCUGAAAAAAGGCGAUUAUGAUAAGGCUAUGGACGCUGCUAGAAUAGCAUUGAACAUAAAUGAACAAAUUCUCCCGUCAGUUCAUCCAUUUAUUGCUGAAUCUUAUCAUCAUCUCGGCAAAAUUUAUCCGCUAAAUGAUGAUCUUAAUGGAGCAUUAGAAUGCUUUGUGAAAAAAAUGAAGAUUUACGAAACAAUUUAUCCAUCCUAUCAUCGUUUACGGAUAAGUACGAAAGAGGAAAUUGCAAUAAUAAACAAGAACAUAAAAUUGAUGGAAACAAAAACGCAACUGCUGGGUUUACUAAAUCGAGGUCAAAAAUAG